AUGAGUGACAGUGACGACCCCUUCGCCACCAUCCGAGGACGAGUCGCUGGAACUGGCGAUCCCCCCAGGCAUCUGCUGCCGCGGGACCAGCCAGUCCCCGCGCAGAGAAUUUCUGCAUAUAUUGCUUGCGCACUCCCAAGAAGGAUUACCUGCAGGACCUCACGGGCUGGGUUCGCCGGGGUGACCGCCCCGAGAAGUUCGAGAUCAAGUAUGUUCUCGAGAGGAACACUUUGUGCAAGCGGUGCAAGAAGAGAAAGGACCACUGCGAGACUGUAA